AUGGAGAACGCCAGUGCUAAUCGUUUGGUACAACAACUUCAAGCCGAAACUCAACGCCAGAAGUUCAGCGAACAAGUAAGCACAUUGACGUCGAGAUGUUGGGAUAUCUGCUUCAACGACAGCCGACCACCAGCAAAAAUGGACGGAAAGCACUCGAGUUGUCUUGCCAACUGUGUAGAUCGUAUGUUGGACGCUUCACAAUUUAUGGUUGAUCAUCUUCAAAAUUCUCAAUUGGCCAAGUAA